AUGGGUCAAUUGAGAAAUCAAGCCAAGGAUUGGUGGGACAAUAAAAAGAAGGAAAUGGGAGCCGAAGCGGCAAGGGCCAUGACUUGGGAUGAGUUUAAGGAACUGUUCCUUAAACACCAUAGUCCCAAAGCAGUUAUCAACCGGAUCAAAGGGGAAUUUAUCCAGUUAAGACAAAAGGGAGAAUCAAUUGAUAAGAUUACGGGCAUCUUCAUGGAUAAGCUGAGAUUUUGUGACAAGUUAGUCACCACUGAAGAGCAGAAGAUAUACUAUUAUUACAACAUGCUGAGUGCUGAAUACCGGGAGUUUAUAACUCCCUCAAAAUAUGAAACUCUCACAGAAAUCAUCAACACCGCCCGGGAGCGGGAAAUCGAGUUAAAGAAGCAAGUUGAGAGGGGUGAGCGAAGGGCACAAGAUGUGAAUCCAAGCCCUACAAAGAAAGCUAGAACUGCUGAAUCGGGGAAGAAACUGGAGGCUAAAGGCGGGUCGCCAAGUUGCCAAGUAUGUGGAAAGGGGCACAAAGGUGAGUGUCGCUUCAAAGACAAACCGUGUCCGGUAUGUGGGAAGACGGGACACACUGUAUUGCUAUGUCCCAGAAAAGUUUCCGUUUGCUACAAAUGUUAUCAACCCGGCCACAAAAAGUCUGAAUGUCCCGAGUUGGUUGGAAAGAGAGACACAAAAGAGUCUCCAACAGAAGCUCCCAAAGCGAAGGCUAGGUCCUUCCAACUUACCGCGGCUGAAGCAAAAACAGAACCCGAUGUGGUCUCAGACGAAGAAACGACGCCGGAGUUUACAGAGACCACGACGGAGUCUCGUUUAUGA